CGAACAACAGCCCAACAACAAGACGAAGCACCAAGCUUGAAAAGAUGACUUCGGAAUUACAAGCGUCGAAGAUAGCCUUUGUUGGCGGUGGCAACAUGGCCGCUGCCAUCAUUGGCGGAUUGCUGGCCAAGGAUAUCAACAAGGAAAACAUCUUUGUUUCCGAGCCCUGGGACGUCAACCGAGACAAGAUGACGGCCAUUGGGGUGAAAACUACUACUUCUAAUGUCGACGCGACAGAGGCCGCUAAUAUAGUCAUCCUCGCCGUCAAACCACAAGUUGCUAAGAGUGUGUGUCAAGAGCUCGGCAAUGCCUGGACACAGCGCAAAAGCACUCCGCUGAUUGUUUCCAUUGCCGCGGGCAUUACACUGAAGAGCCUUCAGGAGUGGCUGAAGCUUGCGGAUGGACGUACACCACAUGUGGUUCGUGUCAUGCCGAACACGCCCGCUCUGGUGGGAGAAGGUGCAUCAGGAGUGUUUGCAGGCCAUGAUGUGUCUCAAGAUGAGAAAGACUUGGUGACCGCACUUCUCGGUAGUGUCAGCAAAGCAACCGAAUGGGUAGACAAGGAGGAACUGCUCGAUGUCGUUACUGGACUAUCUGGCUCUGGGCCCGCAUACUUCUUUGCCAUGGUGGAACACCUAAUAGCCAGUGCAACCAGCCUAGGGCUCUCGACGGAACAGGCCACACGUCUUGCUAUACAAACCUGCUCUGGUGCUGGCAAGAUGCUGGUCGAGUCUCCUGAGGAACCAGCUCAGCUUCGUAAGAAUGUGACCAGUCCGAAUGGAACCACCGAUGCAGCGUUGAAGAGCUUUGAGGCGUCCGGGUUCAGGGAGAUUGUAGACAAGGCAGUGAAAGCAGCAACGAGUCGAGGCGAGGAAAUGGGAAGGACUUUGGGUGGUGCUUAGAUGACAAACGUGCAGUCACUGGGUGGGAAUGUGUUCGCGGCCACUUUUCUAUGGCUCGACGCAAGCCGAUUAGCGCACAAACAUGAAACUGGUGAAGGGCUAUGUAACCAAGACGAAAUGUGAAGUACUGGUGACUUGAAGCGUCCGAGCAAAAGGGAGAGGGAGAGAGAAGAAGUUGUGCACCGAAUUGGUUGUAGCACUUCACAUGUGAAGAGCUCGAGAGUAGCGGGUAUCAAGGUUUGAACGCCACGAAAUCCAGGCAAUUUGAGGUGCUCGCGUCAAGCUCAGACACGAUACGUAGCUGUGAUGCGAUCGAAAACAUCUUCAAGAUGAUAGCCAUUCUGCUUCGAGAGUCCUGUCAGCUUCUGGGACUGGUGUCAUGCGCUUGGAUGCGAAAGUGCUGGACUGCUGGACUGCGCGGCUAGCGAUGCCGCGGG